AUGCCUGCCGUCGAUGUUGCCUCGGUUCCCGCCGUCUCCGGCAAGGAGACCGCCAGCUCUGUCGCCCUGGUCGAAACCCUCAUCCAGAACCUCUCCAUCUCCAAGACCCCUGAUGAGGCCAACACUCACGCCAACAGCCUAGCCUCGCUGCUGAACGGCCCCAUCGAGGAAAAGGCCGUGCCUACCAAGGCUGUCGAGUCGCUCAAGAAGCAACUCGCCAACAAGAAGGAUGCCAACGCCCGUGAGCGUGCCCUCGAGGCCAUCCGCGCCGUUGCCGAGCACUCCUCUGUCGCUCCCGGUGUCGAGCCUUUCCUCGUCAGCCUUCUCGGCCCUUCUCUCACUGCCGUUGGCGACAAGAUGUCCAACGUCAAGAACGCCGCCCAGCUGGCUGCCCUCGCCCUGGUCAAGGCCAUCAACCCCAACGCCACCAAGGCCGCACUUCCCUUCAUCAUCAACUCCAUUCUCUCCGCCCAGAAGUGGCCUGAGAAGAUGACUGGUCUCCAGUGUGUCGAGUCUCUCGUCGAGGCCGCCCCGGCCCAGCUUGCUUUCCUCGUGCCCGACUUGAUCCCCGUCAUCUCCGAGUCGAUGUGGGACACCAAGCCCGAGGUCAAGAAGGCCGCUUACGGUACCAUGGAGAAGAUCUGCGGCUUGAUUGUCAACAAGGAUAUCGAGCGUUUCAUUCCUGAGCUCAUCAAGUGUAUCUCCAAGCCCGAGAACGUCCCCGAGACUAUUCACUUGCUCGGUGCCACUACUUUCGUUACCGACGUUCACGAGCCUACCCUUGCCAUCAUGGUUCCCCUGCUUGAGCGUGGUCUUGCUGAGCGCGAGACCGCCAUCAAGCGUAAGUCGGCCGUCAUUGUCGACAACAUGUGCAAGCUUGUCGAGGAUCCCCAGAUCGUUGCUUCUUUCUUGCCCAAGUUGAUGCCCGCCCUCAACAAGAACCACGACACUCUUGCCGACCCCGAGGCCCGUGAGAAGACCAAGCAGGCUCUCGAAACCCUCGUCCGUGUUGGUGAUGUCAAGGAUGGCAAGAUCCCUGAGCUUUCAAACGCCAGCGAUGUCUCCACCGUCUCGGCUAUCCUCAAGGAUAUCCUCGAGCCCAAGUACAAGGCCCAGAUUGCCGGCGCCGAUGCCUCCAUCGACUACAUCUCCGCCAUUGCCGGUCAAUUGAUCGACGAGAAGGAAUCUCAAGCUAUCAUCUGGACUGAGAACACCCUGCCUUACCUCACUGCCCUCAUUGGUGACGAGGCCAAGUCUAUUGCCGAAACACUCCGCAAGCGCGCUUCCCCUACCGGCACUGAAGACGAGGAAGCCCUCGAAGACGAGGAAGAGGGCGAGGACCUUUGCAACUGUACCUUUAACUUGGCUUACGGUGCUAAGAUCCUUCUUAACCAGACUCACCUGCGUCUCAAGCGUGGCCAGCGUUACGGUCUUUUGGGACCCAACGGUUCCGGCAAGUCCACCCUCAUGCGUGCCAUCAACAACGAGCAGGUCGAGGGUUUCCCCAAGAAGGACGAAGUCAAGACUGUCUUCGUCGAGCACGACCUUGACUCCGCCGACACUGAGCAGACUGUCAUUGGCUGGACCGAGAAGAAGCUCGAGAGCGUUGGUAUCACCAUUGGUCGCGAGGCCAUCGAGAAGGGAUUGCUCGAAUUCGGUUUCCUCCAGGAGCAAUUCGAGAGCCCCAUCACCUCCCUUUCUGGUGGUUGGAAGAUGAAGCUGGCUCUUGCCCGUGCCGUCUUCGAGGAACCCGACAUUCUGCUGCUCGACGAGCCCACCAACCACUUGGACGUCAAGAACGUUAUCUGGUUGGAACAGUACCUCAUCAACUCUCCCUGCACAUCCAUCAUUGUCUCGCACGACAGCAAGUUCUUGGACAACGUCAUCCAGCACGUCAUCCACUACGAGCGCUUCAAGCUCCGUCGCUACCGCGGCAGCCUGAGCGAGUUCGUCAAGAAGCUUCCUUCUGCUCGUUCUUACUAUGAGCUUGGUGCCUCUGAGAUGGAGUUCAAGUUCCCCGAGCCCGGUUUCCUCGAAGGUGUCAAGACCAAGGCCAAGGCCAUCGUCCGUGUCUCCAACAUGACCUUCCAGUACCCUGGUACCCCCAAGCCCCAGAUCUCCGGUAUUACCUUCCAAGUCUCUCUUGGCUCGCGUAUUGCCGUCAUUGGUCCCAACGGUGCUGGAAAGUCCACUCUUGUCAAUGUCCUGACUGGUGAACUUAUCCCCACUUCUGGUGAUGUCUACCAGCACGAAAACAUUCGUAUCGCCUACAUCAAGCAGCACGCUUUUGCUCACAUUGAUAACCACCUUGACCUUACUCCUUCCGAGUACAUUCAGUGGCGUUUCCAGACUGGUGAGGACCGUGAAACCAUGGACCGUGCCAACAAGAUCAUCACCGACGAGGACGAGAAGGCCAUGGACAAGGUCUACACUAUCGAGGGCACCCCACGUCGUGUCAUUGGUAUCCACUCUCGUCGUAAGUUCAAGAACUCUUACGAAUACGAGUGUUCGUUUGCCCUGGGCGACAACUUGGGCAUGAAGAGCGAAAAGUGGACUCCCAUGUCGACCCAAGACAAUGCCUGGAUUCCUCGUACCGAGAUCUUGGCCUCUCACGGCAAGAUGGUUGCCGAGGUUGACCAGAAGGAGGCUCUCGCCAGCGGUCAAUUCCGUCCCCUGGUCCGUCGUGAGAUUGAGGUUCACUGCGCCAACUUUGGUUUGGACGCCGAGCUUGUUUCUCACUCUCGCAUGCGUGGUCUGUCUGGUGGCCAACGUGUCAAGGUUGUGCUCGCCGCUUGCUCGUGGCAGCGUCCUCACUUGAUCGUCCUCGACGAGCCUACUAACUACCUCGACCGUGACUCUCUUGGUGCUCUUUCCAAGGCCAUCAAGACCUUUGAGGGUGGUGUUGUCAUCAUCACCCACUCCCGCGAGUUCACUGAGAACCUGACUGAAGAAGUCUGGGCUGUUUUGGACGGCAAGAUGACUCCUUCAGGGCAUAAUUGGAUUCAGGGGCAAGGCACUGGGACGCGCUUGACUGAUAAGACAGACAAUGAUGCUGAGACUUUUGACGCCAUGGGCAACGUAGUUGCUAAAGUUGAGAAAAAGAAGAAGCUUACAUCGAGCGAGGAAAGAAAGAAAAAGAAGGAGAGGAUGGCUCGUCGUAAGCGUGGCGAGGAGGUUUUCUCUGAUGAGGAGUAG